UGGUGACAACAGUAAACAAGAGCGCCGUUAUCUGUUUAAAUUAAAAGUUUCUCUGUUUCUGGCCCGAAGGCUCAGAUGUCCGUUCAGGCGGAUCCUCCGGAGCAGGAGGAGACUGAUCUGCUCUUCAUCGUGUUUGAAGGAUCCUCCCCGGAGGAUGUGUCCCACGCCAGGCAGCUGUGGAGCUCCCUGUCCCUGCUGCCGCCGCUGGAGUCGCGGCUGGUGUCGGCGGAUAUCCGCCAGAGGCUGCCGGUGUCUCGGCCGCAGCGCAGCGGCAGCACCGCCGCCGGUCCCGCUCCGGAGCCGCAAAGAGUCCCCGAUCCCCGGCAGAGGCAGGAGGAGAGGCAGCGGUACGCGGCCAUGGGGGACCAGAGGAAGGAGAUCCUGGCUCUGCUGAGGAGGCAGAGGGAGCGGAGGAUCCAGAAGGAGCUGCUCUCUGUGGCCUUCAAGCCCAAAGGGAAGGUCGGCAGAGAAAACAAAGGAAAAGAAAAGCCUGAGGAGAACUCUGAGGAGGACAGGGAGCUGGUCAGGCAGCUUCAGUAGGAGGAAACUGGGAGUGUAGAGAGGAGCAGGUGUUCCUCAGGGAUCCAUUCUGGGACCUCUUUAAUUCACUGGGCUGAUAACAUUUUCAAGUAUAUCUGGCCAUUAAAAUGUUUCUUUUUUGUUUAACUAAAAAAAUGAACCACAUUACAUUUAUAUGCAAAGACGAUGCUUUAUAGGCCACAAUAUUUUUGAGUAGUCACCAGCAGCCCAUCUAAGUUUAGGGGGUGAGUGUUCGAUUAACAUCCACUGCUGUUUGAAGAAUUUUGAAGAAUAUAGAUAUUUCCACCCAACAGCAUCACUUUCAUUGAAGAGACAUGCCAUACCACACACUUUUACAAGUUUUAUAAGCUUGUAUGAUCUAAGUCUUACCAGGUUUUAUUUAAAAUUUAAAACGCACUCUUUAUUGGAAAGGUAACAACCUCUGCUUUCUAAAAAUAUUCCUAAAUGUCACGGACAAAAAUAAAACCCAUUUAUUCUGCUGAUGAGCUGC